CCUUUGCACAGUCAACAAGCUUUACAGUCGAAUUUGCUUCCGGUGUCAUCUGUGUCUCCAGCACGCGAUUGGGCGAUGCUGAAUGUUAUGAAAGUUCAUUGGACACACAGGGACACGCCUUUUGUCCACCAAAAAGAACACAACACAAGACAAGGUAAUCCAUGUGUGUGUAAGUGACUGAAAAGGAAGCAUGCUGACUGCACGAAAAGCAUGUGCAGCACUUGCUGCCAAGCGUCUGGUAAGUGCUUGUGUUUUGAGGCACGCGCACCGUUGUCUGAUCCAUACUACCACAGCAAGACGAGAACAGACUGAGCUGCACCCUGAGUGGGCCACUUUGGCUAAGAAACAGCUUAAAGGGAAAAACCCAGAGGACCUGAUCUGGCGCACACCAGAGGGAGUCAACAUCAAGCCUGUGUACACUAAAGCAGACUCAGCUGCUGCUGCUGAUGAAUUGCCAGGAGUUUUUCCAUACACCAGAGGGCCCUAUCCCACCAUGUACACCUCUAAGCCAUGGACAAUCAGACAGUAUGCUGGAUUUAGCACUGUGGAGGAAAGCAACAAAUUCUACAAAGAUAAUAUUAAAGCUGGACAGCAAGGCCUCUCUGUGGCCUUUGACCUCCCGACACACCGUGGCUAUGAUUCUGACAACCCCCGAGUGCACGGAGAUGUCGGCAUGGCCGGAGUUGCCAUUGAUACAGUCGAAGACAUGAAGAUGCUUUUUGAUGGAAUACCACUGGAGAAGAUGUCUGUUUCAAUGACAAUGAACGGAGCAGUCAUUCCUGUCUUGGCCAUGUUCAUUGUCAGUGGGGAGGAGCAGGGAGUUCCCAAAGCCAAGCUAACAGGCACCAUUCAAAAUGAUAUUUUGAAGGAGUUCAUGGUACGCAAUACUUACAUCUUCCCCCCAGAACCUUCUAUGCACGCCAUUGCCGACAUCUUUGCCUACACCUCCAAGCACAUGCCCAAAUUCAACUCGAUAUCCAUAAGUGGUUACCAUCUUCAGGAGGCUGGAGCUGAUGCUAUCCUUGAAGUGGCCUACACCAUUGCUAACGGUCUGGAGUACUGCCGCACCGGACUGAAAGCAGGCUUAACCAUUGAUGAGUAAGCUCCAAGGCUUUCUUUCUUCUGGGGAAUCGGGAUGAAUUUCUACAUGGAAAUUGCAAAGCUGAGGGCAGCCAGGAGGCUUUGGGCCACGCUCAUCCAAGAAAACUUCCAGCCCAAAAAUGCAAAGUCCCUUCUCCUGCGCACACACUGCCAGACAUCUGGCUGGUCUCUGACAGAGCAGGAUCCAUAUAACAACGUGAUCCGAACAGUGAUUGAAGCCAUGGCAGCGGUAUUCGGUGGCACACAGUCACUCCACACCAACUCCUUCGACGAGGCCCUGGGCUUGCCCACGGUGAAGAGCGCUCGUAUUGCAAGGAACACGCAGAUCAUCAUUCAGGAGGAGUCCGGCAUUCCCAAAGUGGCUGAUCCGUGGGGGGGGUCGCAUAUGAUGGAGUCGCUCACGGACGACGUUUACAACAAAGCACUAAAGUUUAUCAACGACAUCGAAGAGAUGGGAGGCAUGGCCAGAGCUGUAGCAGAGGGUAUUCCAAAACUCCGAAUUGAGGAAUGUGCUGCACGUAGACAGGCCCGCAUCGACUCAGGAUCUGAAGUGAUUGUUGGUGUCAACAAGUACCGGCUGGAAAAAGAGGAGAGUGUGGAAGUGCUGGCCAUUGAUAACACUGUUGUACGUCAGAAACAGAUUGACAAACUGAGAAAGGUGAGAGAGAGUCGUGAUCCCCAGGCAGCAAAGCAGUGCCUGGCAGCCAUUGAGGAAUGCGCUCGUACAAGGGACGGCAAUCUUUUAGCCCUGGCUGUGGACGCAGCUCGAGCCAGAUGCUCCGUUGGUGAGAUCACUGAUGCCAUGAAGACAGUGUUUGGAGAACACAAGGCCAGCACCAGGAUGGUGAGCGGAGCUUACCGCAGCGAGUUUGGGGAGCAUGAAGAGAUCACUCUGGCCCACAACAGAGUUUCAGACUUUAAGAAACACGAGGGCAGAAAUCCCCGACUGCUGGUGGCAAAGAUGGGGCAGGAUGGUCACGACAGGGGAGCCAAGGUCAUCGCCACGGGGUUUGCUGAUCUAGGCUUUGAUGUGGACAUCGGCCCACUCUUUCAGACGCCUGUGGAGGUCGCCCAGCAGGCAGUGGAUGCUGACGUCCACUGCGUUGGGGUCAGCACGCUGGCUGCAGGACACAAGACUCUGGUCCCGGAGCUCAUCAAGGAACUGCGCAAACUGAACCGGCCAGACAUCCUCGUCAUCUGCGGCGGUGUCAUCCCACCACAGGACUACGACUUCCUUUACCAUAGCGGCGUCUGUGCCAUCUUUGGCCCAGGAACCAGGAUCCCACAGGCUGCAGUGGAGGUCAUCGACAACAUUGAGAAGAGCCUGGAGAAAAUACGCCAGGUGAUGUGAAUCUCAAAAAGUUGAUUUUGGUCAAAAACAAACGCAGGGGAGACCAGACACUUGCACAGAAUCCUGACAAAUAUCUUCCAAAUCCCAACGAAGUUAGCAGCUCAUUUAAAAAUCAACCACAGCCUGGUGGGCGAUAGAUAUGGUUACAAUAUUUGAAAUUGUUGUUGUCUUUUGUGGGAAUAAAUGUUGAAUAACUUAAUGUGUGCUUAAACUCCACAGGAAAAAUAAAUUGUUUUGGUCGUAGUAUCAAUGUACACACUGUUACAAAUGAAUCAGGAACAACUUUUGAUAUAGUAACUGUACGUUACAGAAAAUGUCAAUGUACUGCUUCAAAUAUGUGAUCAUGUGCAUGCUGUGCAUUUACCAAGCCGUGAUUGGUGCCACAGUAAAAGAGGGAAGAUGAAAACGGUGAACACAGUGUGCUGGGUUAAUGGAUGUGCGAUAUCUUCACUGUGUACCUUUCAUUUCUCUGCUGAAUUUAAAUGUCUCCUGGUCCAAGAGGAAAUAAACACAAAUAAUUAGA